AUGGUGAACACCUACAUUAAGCAUACGCCCUGUUGGCUCAUAGUGUAUGCAAUCACUAUCAAACUACGAAUUGAGGAGUUCUAUGGCAAAAGCUUUGUACCCGAUGACAUCUACGUGACCCAUGAAGUAGUCAACUUUGAGGAAAUCAACGUUAAUGUAACAGUCCAAGUUCCCUUUCCAGGCCGACUUCUUUUGCAUUGUUUUGUGAGAAAACUAUCCGAUCAAGUUGGUGGAUCCGAUCAAACGGACUUGAUCCGCUUGAGAAACAUGGAAGUCUGCAAACUCCUCGAUUCACUUCGCAAUAUCACAGUGGAGGAGAUUCCUGGAGAAAGCCUUUUGCCUUCGACUUUCAUUGUCUCAUGUCCUUUGGUGCCUGGUUUUUACUAUGUGCAAAAUAGCAGCAUUGAUUCCAAAUUGGUUCCCUUUCGAAUCCCUGAUGGCAGAUAUAUGGUUCUCUUGGAGCUGAUACAGGUCUAUGAAGAGGUUAUAAAAGUAGUUUCCUGCAGGAUUAAGUUUGCCAUGAAGACACCCCCAGGAUAUCAGGAACCAUCGAAGCUCAAAAGUAGUGAGGAAACGGAUGAAACUACCAAAAAGCCUGAUUUGGAAAAGGAAGAUUCUAGUACUGAGGUUUCGCAGCCAAGCGAAGAUAACUACGAUGCAUCCACUGAUUACAUAUAA